AUGGCGCAGUUGGCAGUAAUUGACCACCCACUGAAGCCAAGGCAUGUGAAACUGCUGUCCACUAAAACGGGCCUGAAGGUCGCAUGGGACCCACCCAAAGAUGCUACCAGUAGACCCGUGGAGCAUUACAACAUUGCCUAUGGGAAGUCACUGAAAAGUCUUAAGUACAUCAAGGUGAAUGCGGAGACAAACUCCUUCCUUAUUGAGGACGUGGAGCCGGGGGUGGUGUACUUUGUGCUGGUUACUGCAGAGAACCACAGUGGAGUGAGCCGCCCCGUUUACAGAGCUGAGAGCCCACCCGGAGGUGAAUGGAUCAAGAUUGAUGGUUUUCCCAUUAAGGGUCCAGGACCAUUUAAUGAAACCGCCACAGAAAAGGAAGUGCCCAACAAGCCCGUGCGCAUGCGUGUCCGAGCCUCAGACGACAGGCUAUCCGUUGCAUGGAAGGCGCCACGCCUGUCUGGAGCCAAGAGUCCACGCAGAUCUCGGGGUUUUCUUCUGGGCUAUGGGGAAAGUGGCCGGAAGAUGAAUUAUGUCCCACUGACCAGAGAUGAGAGAUCGCAUGAAAUUAAAAAGCUCGCCUCUGAGUCGGUGUAUGUGGUCUCCCUGCAGUCCACCAACUCCCAGGGGCAGAGUCAGCCCGUCUAUAGGGCUGCCCUCACAAAGCGCAAGAAUUCAGAGGACAGUGAGCUGGAUGUACCUGAAGAUAUCAGUGUCCGGGUCAUGUCAUCUCAGUCCGUACUCGUAGCCUGGGUGGACCCUCUUGUGGAGAAACAGAAGAGAGUUGUCGCGUCAAGACAGUACACCGUGCGCUACCGUGAGAAGGGGGAAUCGGCCAGAUGGGAUUACAAGCAAGUGUCUAACAGGCGUGUAUUGGUGGACAGCCUGAUCCCAGACACGGUGUAUGAAUUCGCAGUCCGGAUUUCACAAGGUGAACGUGAUGGCAAGUGGAGCGCCUCCGUCUUCCAGAGAACGCCAGAAUCCGCUCCCACCACUGCCCCGGAGAACCUGAAUGUCUGGCCAGUCAGCGGCAAGCCCACAGUUGUCACCGUGUCCUGGGACGCUCUGCCAGAGACCGAGGGGAAAGUGAAAGAAUACAUUCUUUCAUAUGCCCCGGCUCUCAAACCAUUUGGAGCAAAGUCCCUCACCUUCUCUGGACACACCACUUCUGCCCUGGUGGACGGUCUGCAACCUGGGGAACGCUAUCUGUUCAAAAUCCGGGCCACAAACAGGAGAGGCCCGGGGCCACACUCCAAAGCCUUCAUUGUCACUAUACCAACAACCAGUUCCCCAGAGGCCAGUGCACACCAGGAUGAAAGGAACAUCCGGAAAUCUGAGAAACCUCAGCCUUCUCCCCUUGCUCCUAAAACCGCAGCUUCUUCAGAACAUGCUCCCCAAGCCAAAAAUGCCAAGGAUGAUCUCCUUGACUUAAAGAACAAAAUCCUGGCUCACGGUGUUCCACUUCGGAAAACCCAACUUCACUCUAAAAUGGGGGAGCUGGAUCCCCAGACCAUGGACGUCAAUGGUGAGGAGGAAUUGGAUUCCCUUGAAGAUCCCCGUCCAUCGCGGAUGGAAACCCUAGACCAGAGGCGACCCCUGAGGGUACCAAGUAGAUCUGGUCAUUGGGUUCCAGCUGCUGGCAGGACUCCAGCAAGGACUGGCCUGCCAGUGCUGCCCCGCAAGGAGGGGAUGGAUAGGCGUGGCUCCUCACUGGUCCCCCACCCUCAUCCACGGGUUGAAUCUUCAGUGACGACCUCUUCUACCUACACCCAGCUCAGCUCUACAGACAAUGAUUCCACGAAUCAAAAUGAGGACGAUCAAGAAGUUUCCCCUGACCCUAAAGCUGCUUCUUUCCAGACACCUAAGAAUCCAGUUGGGUCCACGCCCACUGCAACCCCUCGCCACCACGUGGCUUCUAACAUGCUCAGGGACAAAAGCAGGCUGCUCCCAGGGGCAAAGGCGGAGUCGUCUGCAUCCAGGCAUUCUCAUUCUUCUACCAGUGAGGAGGAUUCCAGUGUUGCAACCCAACCCCUGAAUCACGGCUCCCUUCACAGAGGCUCCUCUCGACCACACUCCAGAUCCCAGAUUUCUAGGGGCUGGAAGGACGGCCAGGAUGCCCCUGUCUCUGGCUCCCACAUGCCUUCCCGCACUGCUGUGUCACCUUCCGGCUCUUCUCGCCCUUUUUCCCUGACAGAAGGCUCAGAGGAAGAAGACACUAAUGAUGGUGGAGGAGUUGUUGACAGAGAUGCAGGGGACACCAGACGGCAGGCUGAGGUCACUGCUCAGACCCAGCAGACCCGGCCUGCCUUGGGACACUUCAGUUUGACACGGAAUAAGCCCUUCUCUGCUCACAGCAGAAAUCCAAACAGAUUCCCCAGAUUCCGGGGACUAAGACUGCAGCCCUCUGGGUCGCCUCAGUCUACCUCAGCUUCGAAAGUCCUCAGCAGGUCUCCUUCACAGCCAGCAUCCCACACCAGGUCUAAUGUCUAUGGAGAUGGUGAGGACGAAGAGCCACUUCCAGCCACUGUGGUCAAUGAUCGCACACCUUCCUUGUCCAGGCACCCAGCCUCUGGGGGAUGGGACACCCUAAGGAGAGGCCCCCAGAGAGGGGCCAGCUUGUACAGGAAGGAUCCCAUCCCAGAGAAUCCCAAAGCUGCUGGAGCAGAUGUACAUCCUGGGGGCAAACCCCCUCUGUCCUCCAAGGCACGGGACUUUGAACAGAGAACCAACGAGGAUGCCCAUCAGACAUCCCCAGGGUCUGCCAGCCGCCAGUUGUCCCCUGCUCAGCUUCCAGCACCGAGAUCACAGCCCUUCCCUGGGUCCACUGUUCCCAGACGAAUGACACCUGGCCGCAUCUCAGAGGUUUCUAGUUCUCAGAGUAAGAGUGAUGAAGCAGGGCGUGAUCACUCACACACAAUGAACUCCCGUGGGGUGCUCCCCUCGGCUUCCCAGAGUCAGGAUGAGGAUUCCCAGAGCAGCUAUGAGGAAAACAGCACUGAAAUUGAGACUCUAGAUUCCCGGACUUCCACUCAUUCGGCUGGUGCCAAGGAUGCCACCCCAUCUACUUUCAGACAUCGGCAGGUGGGCUCCCAGAUAGGGAACAGCGGUAUCAGCCCUCAGCCCAGCCACACAGGAGCCUCUGUGAGACCCAGCCGGCCUGGCAGUCCUCAUCCCCGGGCCCAGGUUCCUGGCAGGGCUGGGUUCCAGGCCACACCAGUGAGGAAGAUCUCCCCUUCAAAGGGUCCCCUGCCUCCUGAAUCUCUGCAGUCAGUCUUUACUGAGGAGGAGGAGGAAGAGGAAGAGGAAAAGGAAGGACUUUUAAAAGGCAAGGAAGACUCUCUGUCCACCUUAAAGUGGCCUUCUUCCUCCUCCCACAGGGGCAAUAAAUAUGCGGACAGAAACUUUGACAAAGACAGGGCUGCGGUCGGGCUGGUUCCCCAGGGAGGGAGCCUUGUGCAGGAGCAGAACGCCAUCCCUGGAAGGCGACCACCAGGCAGCCCUUCAAUAGCCUCACACCCAUCUCCUCGAUACCAACCUCGAAACCAUGCUACUGCAAGUCCCACUGCCAGCACCCACUCCUGGCCAAGGUAUACCACCCGUGCCCCUCCCAGCUACUCCUCCACAACGCCCAUGCUUUCCUUGCGCCAGCGGAUGCAGCGACGGUUCCGGACCCCAGUCUCACGCCAGCCGCCGAGACCCGUGCUCGCACAAGGUUAUAAUGGACGGCCAAAUGUAGAAGAGAACAUACCUCCCGGUAGUGUCGGAAAACCAAACAGACAAAAGAUUAUCAAUGGUCCUCAAGGAACAAAGUGGGUUGUGGACCUGGAUCGUGGCUUGGUCUUCAAUGCUGAAGGGAGAUACCUCCAAGACUCACACGGCAAUCCUCUCCGGGUGAGGCUCGGGGGAGAUGGUCGCACCAUCGUGGAUCUGGGAGGAACUCCUAUGGUGAGUCCCGACGGCCUCCCCCUCUUUGGGCAGGGGAGACAUGGCAAACCUUUGGCCAGUGCCCAGGAUAAACCCAUCCUGAGUCUCGGAGGGAAGCCCCUGGUGGGUUUGGAGGUCAUCAGAACAACCACUCCUCCUCCUACCACCACCAUGCCACCAACCACGACGACCACCACUGUGCCUACCACCACAACCCUUCAACCCCAAACCACCACCACCCGCCGGACCACCACCCGCCAGGCCACCACCACUACCACGCGCCGCACGACCACCACUAGGCGUCCCACAACUACAAUCCGAGCUACCCGGAGGACAACCACCACCACCGCCACCACCACUCCGGAACCUACCACCCUUUCUCCUACCUGUCCCCCUGGGACUGUGGAACAACAGGAUGAAGCUGGCAACCUUAUCAUGGGCACAAAUGGGAUCCCGGAGUGCUACCCCGAGGAAGACGACUUCUCAGGCCUGGAGACUGACACAGCAUCACCCACAGACGAGGACUACGUUGUGUAUGAUGACGAUUAUGGAUCUGAGACCACGAGGACCCCGACCACCAUCACACCCUCGACCACUGCUGCCACACCGAAGGUCAUCCCAGAGCAAGGCACUGUUAGCUCCUUCCCAGAGCAAGAAUUCGAUCUGGCUGGAAAGAAACGAUUUGUGGCUCCUUAUGUGACAUACCUCAGUAAGGACCCAGCGGCCCCGUGCUCCCUGACGGAUGCUCUGGAUCACUUCCAAGUGGAGAGCCUGGAUGAACUCAUUCCAAACGACCUGACGAAGAGUGACCUGCCUCCUCAGCAUGCUCCCCGCAACAUCACUGUGGUUGCCAUGGAAGGCUGCCACUCAUUUGUCAUUGUGGACUGGAACAAAGCCAUCCCUGGGGACGUGGUGACAGGGUACUUGGUCUACAGUGCCUCUUACGAGGACUUCAUCAGGAACAAAUGGUCAACACAGACUUCGUCAGUGACCCACCUGCCCAUUGAGAACCUGAAGCCAAACACAAGAUACUACUUCAAAGUUCAAGCCAAAAACCCUCAUGGUUAUGGGCCUGUCAGCCCUUCCGUCUCCUUUGUUACAGAAUCAGACAAUCCUCUGCUUGUUGUGAGGCCACCAGGUGGUGAGCCCAUCUGGAUCCCAUUUGCUUUCAAGCAUGACCCCAGCAACACUGACUGCCAUGGUCGGCAGUAUGUGAAGCGGACGUGGUACAAAAAGUUUGUGGGAGUUGUUCUUUGUAACUCACUAAGGUAUAAGAUCUACCUCAGCGACAACCUGAAAGACACAUUCUACAGCAUUGGAGACAGCUGGGGGAGAGGUGAAGACCAUUGUCAGUUUGUGGAUUCACAUCUGGAUGGAAGAACAGGGCCUCAGUCUUAUGUGGAAGCCCUCCCCACUAUUCAAGGCUACUACCGCCAGUACCGCCAGGAGCCUGUCAGCUUUGGCAACAUUGGUUUUGGAACCCCCUAUUACUAUGUGGGCUGGUACGAGUGUGGAGUCUCCAUCCCAGGAAAGUGGUAACGACAGGAUCAGCUCUCUGCAAGUUCACCCUUCCGGCCUGCUUGACUUACUUGCACUAGGGACUAUGGGCAAGAGAAAGACAGUGUUCCAAGCCCAAUGCCCCAGGGUAUCAGGAGGCCACAGGGUGGACACAGGGCAUCUGGUCCUUUUCGGCCAGAAUUUGGCCACAUUUCUUGGUCUGGACUAUAAAUAGAAUUCGGUUUUGCUGAAACUUCUUCUUCACGCCUUAUCUGUAAUCACACAUUCCAGAGACAUCAACCUAACAGCAGAUCCAGUGUGACUUCCAGACUCUUCCGGCACAAAAUUUGGACACUCCAGAAUCUCCAGGGAACGGCACCGGUGUGCUGUGUUUGCUUUACAGAAUGCUUUCUGCUUUUCUCGUCUUUGAAGCAGCUGAGUUUAAGCUUCACACCUGUCUGUAUGAAGUAGAAUUGAAUUACUGAAAUUACCAAAGAAACACACUCCCUUUGAGAUUUACACUAAAGACUUAUCCACCACUGGGCUAGGUGCUUCAAAUCCUAUUUGUAAAUUCUCAAUUUUGAUAUAUAUAUGUGUAUGUAUAUAUGCAUAUGCAUAUCUACACUCAUCAAGAAUAUUGAUUAAACUUGCUAAGUUUCUAUUUGUUCUUUA